AUGGGGGACAAAGAUAAGGUGUCCUUGCGGGAGACUGUUAAACCUUCCAGCCUGUUUGGCGGCGCGGUUAAUGCCAUCACCGACAGGUUUCGCGAGGCAAAACAGCAAACAGCGGCAUUCAGCCAGUUCCUUCCCAGUCGUGUCAAGUUCGCCCGGGCAUCCAUGAGUGAUGGAGAUGUAAAAGUGUCAGUGUUUCAGAGCGGCGUGUCGGACUCGGUUCCUGCAGGAGCGUCAGUGACUCUGCAGUGCUCGGUUCUCUCUGAGAGCAGAUCAGCAGAACUCCAAGUGCUCUGGUUCAGAGCUGCUCCACCACAAUCCCAUCCUCAAAUCAUUUACACUCAUCACAACAGCAGAAAUCAGUGUGAGAGCGGCUCUUCUACACACACCUGUGUGUACAACUUCUCCAAGAACAUCCUCAGCCUCAAUGAUACUGGAACUUACUACUGCGCUGUGGCCGUGUGUGGGAAGAUCAUUUUUGGAAACGGGACACGAGUACAGUUGGAGAACUUUGAAACAGAUUUUAAUCCUGUCGUGAUCUGCCUGGGAGCAGCGUUAGUAAUGUGUGGGAUUCUGAUCUCUGUUCAAGCUGUUUUACUCUGUAAAAGGAAAAACUAUCAACAAUACACAGAGAGAUUUCAGCGUGACGCUGUGAUAAACACUGAGAAGAUGAACACACAGGACCAUGAUGCUGUAGAACUGAAUUACGCUGCCUUACAUUUUAAUGAAAGGAAAACUAAAAGAGCAAGAGAACAUCGAGGUAGAUCUCAAGACAGCGUGUACUCUGAAGUGAAAUCUUCCAGCAUUACUCACUAAAAUAUACUUUAAUAUUAUUCUGUUUCCGAAAUUGUUAGUAUUUAUUUAAAUUUUUUAUUGAUAUUCAAUACAGAAAGGUGGCUGUGUUGUGCUGUGAGGGGCAUUUAUUUAUAUUUCUAACUUGCUGAUCACAUUUAUCAAGUGAUGAAACAUUUCUAUCCUUAUGGUCAUGGUGUCUUUUAGACUCAUCUCACAGCGAGACAAUUUUGUAUUCAAACUGUGUUUAAGAUUAAUUAGCAUCACACUGGUGCCAAGGAGGAUCUCAUUAAAGCCUUAGAUCAGACAUUAUUCUUCUCAAUGCUCUUAUGUUAGUAAUAUCUGUCUUUUAUGGGGUUUUUUUGUUGUUGUUUUUUUG